AUGAAGAUUACCCAAAUUGACGUUAUCGAAGUGAGAGUACCGUAUCAUGAAGGCAUUUAUGAACUCAUGACGCGUCGUAAUCUUUACCAAAUUGAUUACGUCUACAAGGUACACACCGAUGUAGGACUCAUCGGGAUUGGUGAUGGCGCGUUUCAGGCGGAUGAUGUCGUUCAGCGUUACAUCGGUAGAAAUCCGUUUGAAUUUAUGAAUGGCUGGGCACCGACACCCCUCCAGCAGGCUUUUUACGACAUCAUGGGUAAGGCACUUGGUGUGCCGGUGCAUCAACUUUUAGGUGAAAAGGUUCACGACAAAACGCAAUUCAGCUACUGGUCGAUUGACAUGACACCAGAGGAGUGGGCGGCAGAAGCAAAACACGCUUACGCUCUCGGCUACCGACUCCACAAAAUCAAAGCCCGUCCAUGGUUUGAAGUGCUUGAGCAGGUGGAGGCAAUCGCGGCGGUUGUGCCAGAUGACUAUCAACUCCGCGUUGACGCAAACGACUCAUUUGAGACCCCGGCACAGACCCUUGAAGUUGCACGCCAGCUUCAAGAUUACAAUAUAGAGUCGUUUGAAACGCCGAUUCCACAAGCCGAUAUUGCCGGAUACCAAGAAAUUAAGCGACACACUGACAUACCGAUAACAAUUCACUUUGGCAACCCGGACCCCAUUGAAGCAAUACGGGCAAAUAUGAACGAUUCGUUUAUUAUCGCUUAUCCGGAUUCACGUGCUGCCAAUGCCAAACGGGAGGCGAUUAUUUCAAACGCUGCCCAUCUCCCCGUCUGGAUACAAAUUGUCGGGCUCGGUAUUACGACCUGUUACGUUAUGCAUCUCGCGGCAGUGAUGCCAAAUGCAACCAUGCCAGCGAUUACACUGAAUGCUUUGCGCGCUUUUGACCUUGUUACACCUUCAACGAUUCCGCUUGUUGACGGAUACGCAACUGUUCCAGAUGAGCCGGGGUUAGGCGUUGAAUUGGAUGAGGACGCGCUUGAUAAUUGUCGCGUAUAG